CGCGCGGGCGGUGAGGAGAACCGGGCGGAGGAACCGCGAGGACAGCCGCGAGGAAGCGAGAGGAGAGCCGGGAGGAGCCGCGCGGUCUCCCCGGGGAUGUCCCUCAGGCGGGCGGCGAAAGCGACUCACUCGAGCCCUGGGCAGCGAUGGCAGAGGAACAACAGCCGCCAGCACCGCAGCCCGAUGCCCAUCUGCAGCUUCCCCUCGGUGCCCCCACCCCCGGGGUGGCUCUGCCAGCCCUCGUGCCCGGGCUGCCAGGGCCAGAGGCCAGCGCGCUGCAACACAAGAUCAAGAACUCCAUCUGCAAAACUGUACAAUCUAAAGUGGACUGCAUUUUGCAAGAAGUUGAGAAGUUUACAGACCUAGAGAAACUCUACCUCUACCUUCAGCUGCCUUCUGGUCUCAGCAGUGCAGAGAAAAGUGAUCAGAAUGCCAUGUCAUCUAGUCGGGCACAGCAAAUGCAUGCCUUUUCUUGGAUUCGGAAUACCUUAGAGGAACAUCCUGAGACUUCACUCCCCAAACAGGAAGUCUAUGAUGAAUACAAGAGCUAUUGUGACAAUCUUGGCUACCAUCCAUUAAGUGCUGCUGACUUUGGAAAGAUCAUGAAAAAUGUCUUUCCAAACAUGAAGGCACGUCGUUUGGGCACUAGAGGCAAAUCUAAAUAUUGCUACAGUGGACUAAGAAAAAAAGCUUUUGUUCAUAUGCCAACACUGCCCAACCUUGACUUUCACAAAACUGGAGACGGGUUGGAAGGAGCUGAACCUUCUGGGCAGCUUCAAAAUAUCGAUGAGGAAGUUAUCUCUUCUGCUUGCCGCCUUGUGUGUGAGUGGGCGCAGAAAGUACUAAGCCAGCCAUUUGACACAGUCUUGGAAUUAGCCCGCUUCCUUGUAAAAAGUCAUUACAUAGGCACCAAGUCAAUGGCAGCUCUAACUGUGAUGGCAGCAGCACCAGCAGGAAGCAAAGGAAUUCCCCCGCCUUCUGCUUUUAUACCUACAGCUGAAAGUCAUUCCUUUCAGCCUCAAGUGAAGACUUUGCCGUCUCCAAUUGACGCUAAGCAACAAUUGCAACGGAAAAUCCAAAAAAAGCAGCAAGAGCAGAAACUACAAUCCCCUUCGCCAGGAGAAUCCUCAGCCAAAAAAUCAGAUGGCACCACAGCCAACGGAGUGGCUAACCUGCCCAAUGGGAACCCUGCGAUCCUUUCUCCCCAGCCCAUUGGGAUUGUGGUGGCAGCUGUCCCCAGCCCCAUUCCGGUCCAGCGGACCAGACAGUUGGUAACUUCACCAAGUCCGAUGAGUUCUCCUGAUGGCAAGGUUCUUCCCCUCAAUGUGCAGGUCGUCACUCAGCACAUGCAGUCUGUGAAACAGGCCCCAAAGACUCCCCAGAAUGUUCCAGCCAGUCCCGGUGGGGACCGUUCUGCCCGGCACCGCUAUCCUCAGAUCUUACCCAAGCCAGCAAACACCAGUGCACUCACCAUCCGCUCUCCAACGACUGUGCUCUUUACUAGCAGUCCCAUCAAAACAGCUGUUGUCCCUGCAUCACACGUGAGCUCUCUCAAUGUGGUGAAAAUGACAACAAUAUCCCUCACACCCAGCAACAGUAAUACUCCUCUUAAACAUUCUGCCUCGGUCACCAGUGCUGCUGGAACAACAGAGGAAUCAAGGAGCAUUCCCCAAAUCAAGAAUGGUUCUGUUGUCUCUCUUCAGUCUCCUGUGUCCAGGGCCAGCAGCACGGGGGGCACAUCUGCUGUGGAAGUCAAAAUGGAACCGGAAGCAUCAUCAGAUGAGCAUCCUGUACAGUGCCAAGAGAAUUCUGAGGGGGCUAAAGCUCCCCUGACAACACCUAGUGCCCUUUGGGGGCAAAAAAGUAAUACCGAUGGAGCAGUGCAAAAACCUUCAAAUGAAGGUGUCAUUGAAAUACAAGCAACUAAGGUCUGUGACCAGAGGACCAAAUGUAAAAGUCGCUGUCAUGAAAUUCUGCCAGGUACCUCAGCAGGCAGUAAUCAAAGCACUGUCACUCUCUCAGUUGCUACUCAGAACUUAACUUUCACCAGCACCAGCUCACCAUCUAAUGGUGACUCAGUAAAUAAAGACCCUAAAUUAUGCACUAAAAGUCCAAGAAAGCGACUGUCUGCUACACUGCAAGAGUCCCAGGUGCCUCCUGUAAAGAAGCCAAUUGUGGAACAGUUUUCUGCAGCUAUCACAGAAGGUCAGAAACAAGACACUGUUAAGAAGGACCAAAAGGUUCCACAUUCAGGGAAAACAGAAAGUCCAACAGCAGGUGCUCAGAUUCCUAACAAUGUAUCUAUCAGUGUCAGUUCACACAUCCUAGAAAAUCAGCCCUUGAACCCUGCUCUUCUCGCUAGUGAUUCGGUUCUGGAACAGCAGGCAACACCGUCAUCAUCUCCAGAUAUAAAAGUAAAACUUGAAGGGAGUGUCUUUCUCUUAGACCGUGAGUCAAAAUCAGAUGGCAGCUUUAAUCCAAAUGAAUGGCAGCAAGUCACUAAGGAUUCUGCGUUCAUAUCUGCCAGCUGUGAACAACAGCAAGAUAUCAGCGUUAUGACGAUUCCUGGGCAUUCUGAUAUCCACGAGUUGGAGAAGUCUGUUUGGGAGUUAGAAGGAAUGCCACAGGACACAUAUAGCCAGCAGCUACAUAGCCAGAUUCCUGACUCUUCUUUGAAUCAAAUACAAGCACAGUCUUCAGAUCAGUUACCUCUGCAGCCCGAACUGAAGGAGUUUGAGUCUUCUGUUUCCCAGACAAAUGAAAGCUACUUUCCUUUUGAUGAUGAACUUACACAAGAUAGCAUUGUGGAAGAGCUGGUGCUUAUGGAGCAGCAGAUGUCCAUGAAUAAUUCACACACUUACAGUAACUGCUUGGGAAUGACCCUUCAGAGUCAGUCAGUAACUCCAGGAGCUCCAAUGUCUUCUCAUGCCUCUGGCACCCACUUCUAUCAUCCAGUCCAUAGCAAUGGCACUCCAAUUCACACACCUACACCCACACCUACACCUACACCAACCCCAACCCCCACGCCAACCCCAACAUCUGAAAUGAUUGCUGGGUCUCAGAGUCUGUCCCGGGAGAGCCCUUGCUCCAGGCUCGCCCAGACAACACCUGUGGAUAGUGCUUUAGGAAGUAGCCGACACACACCCAUUGGUACUCCACACUCUAAUUGCAGCAGUAGCGUUCCUCCCAGCCCUGUUGAAUGCAGGAAUCCAUUUGCAUUCACUCCAAUAAGCUCCAGUAUGGCGUAUCAUGAUGCCAGCAUUGUCUCAAGCAGUCCUGUGAAACCAAUGCAGAGACCCAUGGCCACACACCCUGAUAAAACCAAGCUUGAAUGGAUGAAUAAUGGGUACGGUGGGGUUGGCAGUUCCACGGUUUCUGGCCAUGGCAUUCUGCCAAGCUAUCAGGAACUAGUAGAAGAUCGUUUCAGGAAACCUCAUGCUUUCGCUGUGCCUGGACAGUCAUAUCAGUCUCAAUCCAGACAUCAUGACACUCAUUUUGGACGUUUGACUCCCGUCUCUCCUGUGCAGCAUCAAGGUGCCACUGUAAACACCAACAAGCAAGAAGGGUUUGCAGUCCCCGCCCCUCUUGAUAAUAAAGGAACUAAUUCAUCUGCCAGCAGCAACUUCAGGUGCCGGAGUGUGAGCCCUGCUGUCCAUCGCCAACGAAAUCUUAGUGGAAGCACCCUCUAUCCCGUGUCUAAUAUCCCACGAUCUAAUGUGACCCCCUUUGGAAGUCCACUAGCCCCAGAAGUUCAUGUUUUCACAAAUGUUCACACAGAUGUAUGUGCCAACAACAUAGCUCAAAGAAGUCAGUCGGUUCCAUUGACGGUCAUGAUGCAGACAGCCUUCCCAAACGCUCUGCAGAAGCAAACGAACAGUAAAAAAAUAACCAAUGUUUUGUUGAGUAAGCUUGAUUCUGACAACGAUGAUGCAUUGAGAGGUUUGGGAAUGAACAAUGUGCCCUCAAAUUACACAGCCCGGAUGAAUCUCACUCAGAUUUUGGAAACUUCCCCCGUUUUUCCUAGUGCCAAUUCACAAAAUAUGAUUGAUUCCAGCACUUCUGUUUAUGAAUUCCAAACACCAUCUUACCUCACCAAAAGUAAUAGCACCGAUCAGAUCAGUUUUUCUCCUGGAGAUAAUCAAGCACAAUCUGAAAUUGGAGAACAGCAAUUAGAUUUCAAUAGCACUGUUAAAGACCUGCUGAGUGGAGACAGCCUGCAAACCAGCCAGCAGCUGGGAGGUCAGGUAGCAUCUGAUCUCACCAACACUGCAUCUGAUUUCUCUAACGACAUCAGGUUGUCUUCUGACCUCUCAGGCAGCAUCAAUGAUUUGAACACCUUAGACCCAAAUCUGCUGUUUGAUCCAGGUCGUCAGCAGGGACAGGAUGAUGAAGCUACACUGGAAGAACUAAAGAAUGACCCCUUGUUUCAGCAAAUUUGCAGUGAGUCGGUGAACUCGAUGACUUCGUCAGGUUUUGAAUGGAUAGAAAGCAAGGACCAUCCUACUGUUGAAAUGUUGGGAUAAAUUGUGUUUUAUAAUAUGUAGCACACUGUAUCUAAAGACAUAUGUAUUGUAUUUGUCUUAAUGGAAGUGCCUCCCGCAGCAGAAACACUUACUAUUAAUUGUGACAUUUUAAAAGCGUUUGCUGCAGAAGUGGUUUCUUCAGUAGGAAAUGGUUAGACAUGCCUCAGUUCUUAAACAAGUUUCUGAAGACAGUAGGCUGUAGAACAAGUAUUAGGUUUUAAAUUUUAUAAUGUUCCCCAUUUAAUCACAUUUGUUAGUAAAGAAUUGACUGUCCAGCUUUCUACCAGAGCAGUCUGGGUCUUUAUUUUGUAUAAAUUCAUUUUAAUUUAUCAGUUGAUCCACACAGAAUUUAAAAGAAACCAUCAAUUUUUAGGAAUAAACUGUUUUGUUGUUGGCAUUAUCUUUUAGGUAUGAAAUCAUAACUAAGGUAAACUGCAGGCAAGAAAGUCUUCCUUGAGACAGGGAUAAUAUUCAGGUUAUUAUAAAUAUUUAGGCUUGAAACAGCUACCAUAGAAUGAAAAAUCUCUGUAGGACUUUCUAGGGCUUCAGUUCUGUUUCUUCCCACAGUGAAGGGCUUACAUAGGAGAAAAUAAUAGAAAACUAAAUAGUAAUUUAGGGAAAAUAAAAGCUGCACUAAAAUGUUUAAGAGGAAAACUAGUAGCCAUUUAUUUGUGACAUUGCAUUAGUCUGGCUCUAAAGGUUGAUUUUCUUUCAUGGCACUCACACACAAACUCUAGACACUGACAUCUAGUAGACGUACAAGCAUGUUAGAAAACUCACAUUUUAUUAUUUGCUUGUUGCGAUGGAAGUGUUAGAAGGAACAUAAGAGCUUUUUCUUUGUUUCAUGGCUACAUGUACAUAUUAAAAGUCUACUUCAGAUUUAAUUUUUUUCACUCUGAUAUCCUUCGGUAAUCAGCUUUUUUUCUCAGUUUCCUGACAUACUCCUUUGCUUCUCUGAAUCUAGUAAUGCACUUUGAUCAUGGAUCCUUUACAAGACACCAAGCAGGCAAGAGGUCACUUUAAGAGCCGAGCAAAAAGCAUUUCAUCACCUGAGGUCUGAAGCUGCAGACCUUUACAUCUCCGAUCAAACAGGGGAAGAUAAUCAGAGUACUUGAAGAGGAGGAGCAUUAGUACACACUUAACUUAUUUAUUGUGAUGGACAUAACUGCAAAAGAAGUGAAACACUCAGGAUUUGUUUAAAAAGUUUCUCUCCAUGGCUCCCAUUUUGUUUUAAGAACAGUAUUUAUGAAUUUCAUGUUAACACAAAACUAGUUGACGCUCCAUUUAAGUGAGUUUCAAGAUCAUUUUCAAAGAGAUUUUAAAGUUAACCUUAAGCUCUUAAAGCUAACAUUAAACCAUUUGCUACACUCUUGAACCUAGCCAAGUUUUUCUUUACCUUAAUUCAAAAACUAAUCAGAAGACUACAGUCAAUGAUUAUUUAACAAAUAUGAUGAAAGGUAUAAGUCAAUAAGGUUCCAUCGUUCAGCAAAUUUUAAAAGUAGGGUAUUUACAUAUAUUAAAAAAUAAAUGGUGCUAGAGUUGGCUCAGAGGUUUCUAUACUGGUAUGUCCUACUUACAGGCAUAUGUGUGUUUGCUGUUAUCUUGAUUUAAUGAUUUGUUAGAUUUUCCUCUUGAUACUAGUUGUUUCUUCACUGUACAUUGAGACACAGCACUACUGCACACCAAAGUAUGCAAUACCCAAAGGAAACUGUGUGAUUCUUCUAAAAUGGUGGGAGCCUUGCUCUAUAAGAUGCUCUGAAUAGGAGACUUUGAGGCCAUUCUGAUCCCUUGUUUACAUUAUUAGCUUCCUACUAAUAUAAAAAUAAUGAAAAUCUUUUUUGAUAAAAAUAUAGAGACUGGAGGAUUUUUACCCCCUAUACAGCAUUGCAGCAAACUCUUCAAAUUUGGCUGAAUUUGUCCAGCAAACUUUCUGGGGUUCAUAUAUUGCACUAAAUUUGUUGAACCUGUGGUAGGCACAUCUCUUAGGAUAAAUGCAACCAGUACAGUCCACAGAUUAAACUUUUUAAAUGUGUUUCAUUAUGAAAAGACAAAAUGUCAUCAAAGUGACAGAUAAAAUUGUCUUAUGUAGCAAUGUGCAUUGAUCUCAAUGAGAUAUCUCUAUUUCUUAUUCUCUUACAUGAGAAUAUUACAGCAGGAAGAAUUAAGUUUAGUUUGCUUCACCAUGUUAAUACACGAUCACAAAAUGUGCAUGAGUGUUAUUGACUUACCUUGUACAGUACUAGGUAUUCCUGUAACCACUUUUUUUUUCCCCUCUUGGCUGUAUUGAGACUGGUUCUGUGUUAACCAGGCAAGCAUAGUUAUUCACAAGUUAUUUUACUUUUUUAAUGUUUACUAAUUCUGCUUAGUUGAAUAUGUUCUUUUCGUGGAUUUUCUUCAUUGUUUUGAUGUUUAAAACAUUUUGCAUACUGUUUAUCAUGAGAAGACUUCAUGAAGUAAUUUUGCAGAUAAUUGCAAUAAGCACUGACUUAUGAACUGAAAAGGAGAGUGUGUUUCGUGCAGUGCAUCUGAGGUUCAGAUAAUAGUCUUGUACUACAGUGUGCUUUACUACACCGUAAAUGACAAAAACAGGCCGUUUCAUGUUUCCAUUUAGUGCAGUCAGGUUUCCCCAGUGUUCUGUUGUCUGUUGUACCUGCUGAAACCACAGUAGUUGACUAUUGCAGUAGCAUUUCAGUUCUCUUUUUUUAUUAAAAGUGCUCAAAUUGUUUUUUAAAUGUUUUCAAAAACAAUUAAAGAUUUUAUAUUAAA